AUGAUACAGAAAACUUGUCCUCGUCUUUCAGUCAGUCUGCAGAGAGAGGCGCAUCAACAUCACUGCAUCACUAUCCAGAUGUUGAAAGCAAUUAUUUUGUGCCUCAUAAUCUGUUUGCUCGAUGUCAGCUGCAGCUUCUUCUCUGUUACGGUUUCCGAGACUGCAUUGCCGAGAAGUAACUUCAUGAAUCAAAGUUUCGGAACAAAUAUGACUUUACAUUGCGGUAUUCAACGUGCAUUUUUCAAUAUAUCUUCGGAUGAACCUUGCAAAUUGGAUAGAUGGUUUUAUGACGCCAGGUCGAUGGAGUUGACAUGCGUGUGCGUAGAGAAUGGUUCGAUCAAAGCAAACGGAAAGUUGUUACAAAAAGCGAAUGAUUCAAGAGCGAUUCCUUCGAUUUCUGCAACCAACUUUAUGGGAGAUCAAGAUCUCAAACAAGGGCAGUACACAUUUGAACUAAAAAUUCGGGCAAAAUCGGAUCCCAAGGAAACCGUGCAAAAUCUUUUCUCCGACGUUGCCAAAAGGAACGGUGCAGUGGUGUUCACAAGCUGCUACCCAACAUCAAACGAUUCCAAUUCAUACCACUGCGUUACAGUCUACGACAACCAUUACAACGUCACUUGGGAAUUUCCUGAAAAUUGGAGUGGUCCAGCGCGGUUUCUCAAAAAUAUUGCUUAUGAUUCGCGCAAGAUUGACUUUGAAGUUGUUGCACUGCACUGGUCGAGGCAGUUGCCGAAUGAUCCCAAAGCGCUAUAUGUGGACGUGAUUAUGUUAGUCGAGCAGAAAUCAACCGACGCCUGCAAGAAGUUUCUCGAAGAAGCAAGUCCAUGUUUGAUUAAAUAUACUAAAGGAUAA